GCAAUUGGCACAAGUCAAACCCUUGCAGACAGCUGUUUUGAACUUGAAUCCUAAAGUAGUUUUUGAUACGAAGAUAUGCUCUUCAAUGAUUUUGGUUUUGGCUCAAGAAUGAUGUAGUCCCCUGUUACUUGACAUCACAGGCGUUUGUUGAGCAGCUUCAACGUCAAGCUGGGCCAGCGCCAGGCGCACUCGGAGGAGCAUGCCAUCUACUUCACUCCUGCAUCCUGAGUCUGUCGAGCCGAGUGGGCAUGAGAGCCCAGCCUCCUUUGCCAAUUACAAUGUGCCCAAUAAUGGAAUGCAAGCGGCGGCGCCUCCAGCUCCGCCCAUGCGGCAUGCCACACACAAGGAGAAGCUCCCGCAGUACGGCUCACCGUAUUUGUGCUAUCCUAUGAUCGCGCUAAAGACGCCGGAUGGUGCGCAACCGACACCUAUGGUUGCAGCAAUGCCACUACCGCUGCUCCACACCGGCCCAACCAGGGCGCGCCGUGGUGCAGCCUUCUUGUGAGC